CAUUUUUAUUCUUACCUUUAUCGGAUCCAUCUGAUAUCGAGUGGAUUUUCUCUAAUCAAUCCCUGAAAUGGCGGAUGCGUGGAAGGAUUUAGCUUCAGGGACUGUUGGAGGAGCGGCUCAGCUAGUUGUUGGUCAUCCAUUUGACACAAUCAAGGUCAAACUUCAGAGCCAACCGACUCCAGCACCAGGCCAACUUCCAAGGUACACCGGUGCAAUCGAUGCCGUUAAACAGACCGUUGCUUCUGAAGGAGCUAAAGGUUUGUACAAAGGUAUGGGAGCUCCUCUUGCAACCGUUGCUGCCUUCAAUGCGGUUUUGUUCACCGUGAGAGGUCAAAUGGAAGGACUGCUUAGGUCUGAAGCUGGAGUUCCUUUGACCAUUAGUCAACAGUUUGUGUGCGGAGCUGGCGCUGGUUUCGCUGUUUCGUUCCUUGCUUGUCCUACCGAGUUGAUCAAAUGCAGGCUGCAAGCACAAGGUGCAGCAGUUGCCGGCGCCUCUACCACAAGCUCAGUUGUUGCAGCCAUUAAAUACGGGGGACCAAUGGAUGUAGCCCGUCAUGUCCUACGAUCUGAAGGCGGAGCACGAGGUCUAUUCAAAGGUUUAUUCCCGACAUUCGCCCGUGAAGUCCCGGGAAAUGCAACAAUGUUUGCAGCCUACGAAGCUUUCAAGCGGUUUUUAGCCGGUGGUUCAGACACUUCAAGCUUAGGACAAGGGUCAUUAAUCAUGGCGGGUGGAGUCGCUGGUGCGGCGUUUUGGGGAAUUGUAUAUCCAACCGAUGUCGUGAAGAGUGUUCUUCAAGUCGACGAUUAUAAAAACCCGAAAUACACAGGGUCGAUGGAUGCUUUUCGGAAGAUUCUGAAAUCUGAAGGUGUUAAAGGUUUGUAUAAAGGGUUCGGUCCAGCAAUGGCUAGGAGUGUUCCUGCUAAUGCUGCUUGUUUCUUGGCUUAUGAGAUGACAAGGUCAAGCUUGGGAUAAACCGGCUCGGUUCGGGUUUAACUGUUGGUCCGAUUUCUGGAUGUUCCAUUGCGAUUAACCUUUUAUGUUUU